UCUUUCUACUUUCUCUCUCUCUCUCUUCUCUCUCACUGCUCUGCAACUAUUUAUUUAAAAAGAGAAGCUUCAUUUUAUUAUACCUUCCAAAUUACACGCGUCAACCUACUUUCCCAACAAACCCUAAAUUCAAACCCCUCUGUAUUAUUCAACUAUUUUCCUAGAUUGCAAACAACACUCACUUUCCUGACAUUAUUUCCAGUUUCUUCUUUUUUCUUUUCGUUUUUUAUUUGUUUAAAAAGAUUUAACAGAAAAACUAAUAGCUAAUAUUUUAAUCGGAGAAAAUUGUUAUUUAUUAUUAUCACUAGUGUCGUGUAUGGAUUUCUCGAUCAAGAAAUCGUUCAAAUCCCAUGGCUCAGCCAAGCACAUGAGGAAGAUCUCUGCCGGAGGAGACGAUCCCAGCCUCGAGCAGCUCCCCAUUCUCCUAGAUCACGAUAGCCGCCACCGGCAGCCAAUGAGCCCCGUCGAUUCAUCUGACCGGAGAGAGGUCAUCGUCAAAAUCGACGACGGCGAGUCGUCCUCCAGCGCUACUACGAGAGACGCAAUGGCGGCGGACCCCGCCAAGAAUGGCGGGAAGAUUUGGAGGGAGUCCAGCGUCGAUUUCUGGAACGAAGACGGCGUCAAAAAUGGCCAGGGAUUUGAUUUCGCGCAGCGCCGGAAGACGGCCGAGGAUCCGCCGUCGAAGCUUAUUGGUCAGUUUCUGCACAAGCAGAGAGCCUCCGGCGACAUGUCUUUGGACAUGGAUUUGGAGAUGGAGGAGCUACGGCAGAACGAGCGGGACCUGCCACCUGUCGCCGAGUCGCCGAGGAACUCGCGAGUCUCGAAGGAGCUCAAAGUCUCGUUCCAGGCGCCGGCGCCGGACUCCGUCGAGACUCCGAACGAGUCGGUUCGGAGGCGGUACAGGGACUCGCCAGACGACGAACGGCGUCGUAGCGGGAAGCUGAGUGACGGACAGGACGACGUCGUUCGGUGCACGUCGAACGCGUCGUUCCGGCGAGAGCCUUCGUUUGCUAACAAGAACAGGUCCGAUUUGUUGAGGAUAAAGACCAGGUCGAGAUUAAUGGACCCGCCAGAGGAACCGGACUUUAGGUCGGGUCGGAUCCCGAGGUCGGGGCAGAUUCCAAAAUCUGGUCAGAUUCCAAAAUCUGGCCAUAUCCCGAAAUCGGGUCCGAUGAAGUCCGGGAUGUUGGGGCGGGGCGGGGACGAUGACGAUGAUGACCCGUUUCUGGAGGAGGAUGUGCCUUAUGAGUAUAAGAGGGCUAAAUUUAACGCAUUGACUCUGCUUCAAUGGGUAAGCUUGGUUUUGAUUGUUGGGGCACUGAUUUGCACGCUUACCAUACCCGUUUUGAGGUUAAAGAGUUUGUGGAAAUUGAAGCUGUGGAAAUGGGAAGUCUUGAUUUUGGUUUUGAUUUGUGGGAGAUUGGUUUCUGGUUGGGGGAUAAGGAUUAUAGUGUAUUUUGUAGAGAGGAAUUUCCUUUUGCGCAAGAGGGUUUUGUAUUUUGUCUAUGGAGUUAGAAGGGCUGUUCAGAACUGUCUCUGGCUUGGCCUUGUUUUAAUUGCUUGGCAUUUCAUGUUUGAUAAGAAGGUGGAGAGGGAAACCAAGAGUGAAGCCCUUGCUUAUGUGACCAAAGUCUUGUUUUGUCUCUUGAUUGGGGUUUUGCUCUGGUUGGUGAAGACAUUGAUUGUAAAGGUGCUUGCUUCGUCUUUCCAUGUGAGAUCUUAUUUUGAUCGGAUUCAGGACUCGCUUUUCAACCAGUAUGUGAUUGAAACGCUUUCUGGGCGGCCGUUGAUUGAGAUGCAAAUUGAAGAUGAGGAGGAAGAGAGGCUUGCUGAUGAGGUCAGGAAGCUUCAGAAUGCUGGGGCUACUAUGCCUCCUGACCUCAAGGCAAAUGCAUUCCCGUCUGCAAGGAUUGGGAAGGUGAUUGGCAGUGGUUCCUUGAGAAGCGGGAGGGUGAUUGCGAGUGGAGGGCUAAUUGGGAAGAGCACCAAGUUUUCUAGGCCACUUUCCAAGAAGUCAGAGGAGACAGGGAUCACAAUUGAUCACUUGCAUAAGCUCAAUCCCAAGAAUGUGUCUGCUUGGAAUAUGAAGAGGCUAAUUAAUAUGGUUAGAAAGGGGCAUCUUACAACACUUGAUGAGCAGAUUGUGGAUACCACUAACGAGGAUGAAACCGAUACUCAGAUCAGGAGCGAAGUUGAGGCCAAAGCUGCAGCUAAAAAGAUAUUUCAGAAUGUUGCUAGGCGCGGUUCCAAGUACAUCUACCUGGAGGAUUUGAUGUGUUUCAUGGAAGAAGACGAGGCUGUGAAGACCAUGAGUCUCUUUGAAGGGGCAGCUGAGAACAGGAGAAUCAGCAAAUCUUCCUUGAAAAAUUGGGUGGUAUCUGCCUUCAGAGAGCGGAGAGCACUUGCUUUGACACUGAAUGACACUAAAACGGCUGUGAACACACUUCAUCGUAUGGUGAACAUAAUAGUUGCCAUUGCUAUAGUAGUUAUAUGGCUUAUUGUGAUGGGAAUUGCCACGACCAAAUUUCUCUUGUUUGUGAGUUCUCAGCUUGUGGUUGUGGCGUUUGUCUUCGGUAACACAUGCAAGACGAUAUUUGAGGCAAUGAUAUUUUUAUUUGUGAUGCACCCAUUUGACGUUGGAGAUCGUUGUGAGAUUAAUGGAGUUCAGAUGGUAGUUGAAGAAAUGAACAUCUUAACUACAGUUUUUCUGAGGUACGACAACACGAAAAUCACGUAUCCGAACAGUAUCCUUGCAACUUUGCCCAUCUUUAACUUCUAUCGUAGUCCGGACACAGGAGAUGCUAUUGAAUUCUCUAUCCAUAUAUCUACUCCACCAGAUAAGAUAGUUAUGAUGAGACAGAGAAUAGUCAGUUUCAUUGAGGACAAGAAGGAGCACUGGUAUCCCGGACCAAUGAUCAUAAUGAAGGAUGUAGAAGAACUAAAUAGGAUAAAGUUUGCAGUGUGGCCAACACAUAGAAUGAACUUCCAGGACAUGGGAGAAAGGUGGGUAAGAAGAGCCUAUGUGGUCGAAGAGAUGGUACGGAUUUUCCAGGAGCUUGACAUUCAGUACCGCCUGCUGCCUCUUGACAUAAAUGUCCGUGCAAUGCCUCCCAUGACGGGCGGUCAGCUUCCUUCUAAUUUCACAGCAACUACAAGCUGAGUGAGGAAACAAAAAAGAUGUCCAUGUGUACUGAUAUUGUCUUUCCAAGAAACACAUAUAGAUCCUUAUACCACCCCCCUUGGGGUCAUUUGUACAACCACAGCGAUUUAAGUUCAUGCAGCAGGAUCCUUUCAAGAAUGGAGGAGAGGAUGAUAUCCGUCGGAUUUGGUUUGACGGGUUGAUCUCAAGUUAGUUGCCUUCAAUCUUUGAACUAAAGCAAAAUGGAGAGAUUUGUCUUGUUUUGUUUGAUUUUGCAGAUAGCAGUGGCUAGUUAGAGCUGUUACUA